AUGUUUUCGAACAAAUCUGGAACCCAGGAGAAGCAUGAGCAGCCCAACCUCAGGACCCGGCUGGAUGACGCCUUCCUACUGCGCUUCCUCCGGGCCAGGAAGUUUGACUACGACCGUGCCAUGCAGCUGCUGCUCAACUACCACGCGGGUCGGAAAGCCUGGCCUGAAGUGUUCCAGGACCUGAAGCCGUCCACAGUGAAGCACGUCCUGGACCUGGGCUUCCUCACAGUGCUGCCACAGCCCGACCCCAGCGGGAGAUACAUCCUCUGUCUACGCCCAGGGAAAUGGAAACCAAAUGAUUAUCCGUUUGUUGACAAUGUGCGAGCUCUCUAUCUGACUCUGGAGAAGCUGAUCCAGCCGGAGGAGACGCAGGUCAACGGUAUUGUCAUUUUAGCCGACUACACCGGAGUGGGCAUGUCACAAGCGUCCAAUCCUGGCCCGUUCCUCGCCAAAAAAGUCGUGAGCAUCCUCCAGGAUGGGUUCCCAAUCAGAAUCAAGGCUGUUAACAUAAUAAACGAGCCCAUGAUUUUCAAAGGCAUCUUUGCUAUAAUUAAGCCUUUUCUGAAGGAGAAGAUGGCAGAGAGGUACGUCCUCCACGGCUCCGACCUGCGCUCUCUGCACAAAAACGUCCCCCGCUCGGUGCUGCCGGAGGAGUACGGCGGCUCGGCCGGACAGCUGGACCUGUGUUCGUGGUCCAGGGUGCUGCUGGGCUGUGAGGAGGAGUUCAUCGUGGAGUUCUGCCAGCCCGACCCACUAGAGGGCGUGGUGCUGCCAGACUCCAUGCUGUUUGAAGGGGAGACCAGGGGGCAGGACGACGACUCCUUCAGGGGGCUGCGCUCUCAACUCUACUACUGUUACUGAAACACUCUCUGAGAGGACUCUCGACUGAAACAUAUCGUUUAUCAAAUCAUGAGCCUUCAGCAGUACCAGUUAAGCAAAUCAUGUUGGUACUAAAAACAAUGUCCAGGGACUUUCAUACUAACACACUAACAUGUUGAUGCUACCAUCUUGAUUUGGCUAACAGGCUGCUAAAGCCUCAUUUUGGAUCUGGCUGAACUUUGAAAAUACAGGACCGUCGAUCUGUUAUCAGCCAGUACAGGAGACAGAAACGGAGUCAAUGCACAUAUGGGCAUGUCUGUAUUGUUUAAAAGUAGGAAUGGAAAAGUGUGAACCUCUCCUUUUAAUUCAAUCAAAAUUACACAAGUCAUUUACUGGCCAUCAGUGCUCUGUCUUUAUAGUAGCAUCACCCCACAACUCAACGUGUUUUGUGUAAAUAACUGUCUAAUAUGUUGCCUUAAACUGUUGAUUUCCCAUGUGGUAUAAAUCAUGUUGGAUUUGUUUGUACCAAAGCAAUAUUCAUGUGUUUUCUCAACCGGGCCUUCCUUACCUAAGGGUGACUACAAAUUGAUGGCUGCUGUAACUGAGAGAACAAUACAUUAGAUUUAACAGUAAUUCAUGUCUAAAUUUAACACAGUAUUUGAAGGCCUUUGUUUUGGUGAUACUUUAGUUUUCUUUAGCUUUGCCUUGUGUUUUUUUUUUUACUUUUGUUUUUUAACUGUUUGCUCUCAUCACUCAGUCUUAACCAUCACUGAUCAAAGGAGUCCCAUGAGGUAUACAACCGGUUUGCCAAAUUUCCCACCAGGCCAUGUACAGAAAUGUGCAAUAAUGUUGGAUCUGUUUCCUCGGGGUAGCCCGAAGCUAACUUGUAUAUUGAUUGUCUUUUAUAUUUUUAUUUUGAGCAUGUCUGUGACCAUAAGAUAUAUUGUGUUUCAGGAUAUUGCUGGUAGUAAAGACCAUAAACUGAAA